GUCAAUGACGGAUCAGAAUAGAUCAGAACAAUUGACCACCAGAGAGUGAUUAAAUACCACUGAAUCCGUAAUUUAAUUAUUGCUACUGAGAAGUUAAUUAUGAGAGAAAUGCGGAUUUUCUGGUUUUUCAAGCUGAAGGGCGAUGUGAUAAGUCAGAUUGUGAAGGAUAAAUAAUGAAUUAUCUUAUAGAGAUUAUAAGGAGUGCAAUUGCAAGUAUGUUGCAAUUUGUUUGGUUUGGUAAACGCAAGAUUUCGAAUACCCUCAGUAUUUACAUCAAGACGAACACUGGGAGUACUUUGUCGGUUGAUUUAGAUCCAAAAUGGGAUAUAAAGAAUGUCAAGGAAGUUAUUUCAGGGAGAAUUGGACUUGCACCUGAGGAUAUUAAGAUAAUAUUCGCUGGGAAGGAGCUGCACAAUUCCACAAUUAUUGAGGAAUGCGAUUUGGGACAACAGAGCAUCCUUCAUGCCGUGAAAAAUCCCCCAAGAAGAUUGAAAUCAACUCUGAAUGCUCAGAGGAUCAGCGAAUCUCUCGCUGAGUCGUUGGAAUUAAAUGAAAGUGGGAGUAAGCCUUUAAAUGAAACUUUAACGGACUUACCGUUGAAUGAAGGGGAAACUACUGAAGUUGUAGAAUCUCCAGAACCCCGAGGUAAACGUGCCCACUUCUACGUAUACUGUGCAGCCCCUUGCAAGUCUAUUGAGCCAGGAAAGUUGCGAGUUCGUUGUUCCUCGUGUGGUUCAGGAGCAGUGACAGUGGACAGAGAUCCCCAAUCGUGGCCUGACGUUCUGCUUUCAAAUCGGAUAACCGUCCACUGCGAGAAUGACAGCUGUGACCUAUCACCGGAUUCCCAAAUUCCUUACGCUCAUUUUUUCUUCAAAUGUGGAAACCACCCGAGUAGAGGAGAAAACGAUGAGGCCAUACCCCUGUACCAUAUUCGGCCAAACCUGAGGAGAGUUCCAUGUCUUGCUUGCACCGAUGCCAAAGACGUUGUCCUCGUAUUUCCAUGCGAAGCAGCGCACGUCACAUGUCUCGAUUGUUUCAAAGAUUACUGCAAUGUGAAAUUGGGAGAGCGGGGAUUUGAAUUCGAUGGGAGCAACGGAUACUACACACUCCCUUGUCCUGCAGGUUGUGAAAAUUCUUUUAUAAGAGAAGUCCAUCAUUUUCGAUUGUUAGAUCAGCAUCAGUACGAGCAGUACCAGAGGUUCGGCGCUGAGGAGUACGUCCUGAGGGUUGGGGGUCUCCUGUGCCCCCAGCCUGACUGUGGAAUGGGAAUUAUUCCACCAGAACCCGUAGAUCCUGGUGAUGCAGAGGCGUGCAGGAAGAUUCAGUGCAUUGGGGGAUGUGGAUACGUCUUCUGCAGGAGAUGUUUGAGUGGUUAUCAUUUAGGGGACUGUGGACAUGCUGAGAAAAUUAAUUCCAAUGCUCAGGGACGUGGAGGAUACUCGGUGGAUCCUGAUAGGGCAAAGGACGCCAAGUGGGAUGAAGCCAGUAAAAAGGUUAUUCAAAAAUCCACUAAACCUUGUCCCAAGUGCAGAACACCCACUGAGAGAGAUGGUGGGUGCAUGCACAUGGUUUGUACUAGGGCAGGCUGUGGGUUCCAGUGGUGUUGGGUAUGUCAGACCCCCUGGACCAGGGAUUGCAUGGGGAGCCAUUGGUUUGGCUGAUUUUUAAACAAUUGUUUCUCCUUUUCUAUUAAAAAAAAACGUAAAAAAAUAUUCAAAAAUAUGUGUUCCAAAUAUUUUGGAAGUGUUUUCGUUCCUGAUUAUGGAAUAGUAUAUUAUUUAUCGGCUAGGAUUGUUAUCUCAUUAUAACUCAAAUAUUAAUAAUUAAUAUCACGUGAUAUUUUA